GUGUGGAGCCGGUAACCCCGAUAAAACCUUGAAAUCCAACAACCAUUCAUCCAUGAACCACGGAGCCUAAACCCCUUUUACUUAUCCUCUUGCUCAUCCAACGCUCACUCAUCUCCCAUCUCACUCUCUGCUUCAAUGGCUUGCUCUGCUGCCACCACCACUACCGCCUCUUUCAUGUCCUCAAACCCCCCCAGACCAUGCCUCCCCCCUUCUUCUUCACAAACCCUAACCAUCCCUCGCUCCUUUUCCGGCCUCCGUAAUCCCCUCCGCUCAUCCCGGGUUUCAAAAUCCGUCUCUUUCUCCCGUGGGUCCCAUUCCAGAAAGUCCUUCGUUGUCAGAGCAAACGUGGAUGUGCCAUUGGUUGGAAAUAAGGCACCUGAUUUUGAAGCAGAGGCUGUUUUUGAUCAGGAGUUCAUCAAGGUCAAACUUUCAGAAUACAUUGGGAAGAAAUAUGUAAUUCUAUUUUUCUACCCAUUGGACUUCACAUUUGUUUGUCCUACAGAGAUCACUGCCUUCAGUGACCGUUAUGCAGAGUUCGAGAAGCUAAACACAGAGAUAUUAGGAGUCUCAACUGACAGUGUGUUCUCACAUCUGGCAUGGGUCCAAACUGACAGAAAGUCUGGUGGUCUUGGUGAUUUGAAAUAUCCAUUGAUUUCUGAUAUCACCAAGUCAAUUUCAAAGUCUUUUGGAGUUCUCAUCCCUGAUCAGGGGAUUGCAUUGCGAGGACUGUUCGUUAUUGACAAGGAAGGGAUCAUCCAGCACUCCACCAUCAACAAUCUUGCCAUUGGCCGAAGUGUUGAUGAGACAAUGAGAACACUCCAGGCCUUGCAGUAUGUGCAAGAAAAUCCCGACGAAGUGUGCCCAGCUGGGUGGAAGCCUGGUGAGAAGUCAAUGAAGCCAGACCCAAAACUCAGCAAGGAAUACUUUGCUGCAAUAUAGAGGGGUUGGCAUCAAUCUCCCAGAUGCAUAUCUAUGUUGAUUAGGGAAGUGUAGCCGAGUUUUGUUUUAAUGUAAUAUCAUUUUACCAAUUCUGAGUUUUGCGGAGCAAUCUCUGAGAAUAAAUGCAUUGGAUUAUAAUGCAACUUAUCCCUUGUUUAUCUUUUAGAAUGAAUACACAAUCUCUCUUGUUAAUGCCCA